GAUCCUGGGGGCAGUGGCCAGGGUGGCCAUGGCUUGGGCAUGUGGGCUGGGCCUACUGCUGCCCCUGCUGCUGUCCGUGGUCAGUGCUUCCACACCAGGCGCCGUGGUCAGACUCAACAAUGAGGUGCUGAGCUAUGUGUCUGAAAUUGGGAAAGCCCACCUCCAGCGAGCCCUGCAGGUCACUGUCCCGCAUUUCCUGGACCAGAGUGGAGAUGUUCUCCAGCCCACCAGGAUUCAGAUUCUGAAUGUGCAUGUGACCCGUCUCCACCUGAAAUUCAUUGCUGGUUUUGGGAUACGCUUGUUGGCAGCAGCCAAUUUUACUUUCAAAGUCUUUCGCAUCCCAGAGCCCCUGGAGCUGACGUUGCCUGAGGUACUGCUGGCUGAUGCCCGCGUGGCCCUGGGCUCCAUUGAGACCCCCGUGGUGAGCACCUCUGCCUGCUUCUCACUCGUCGGCCGUGCCAGCGUGACUGAUGGCAGUAAUAGCACAUCCCCGGCACUGCUGGUCCUGGUGGAGAAGCACAUUAAAGCUGUCUUGAGUAACAAGCUGUGCCUGAGCAUCUCCAACCUGGUGCAGGGCCUCAAUGUCCACCUGGGCACCUUAAUUGGCCUCAACCCUGUGGGUCCUGAGUCCCAGAUUCGCUACUCCAUGAUUGACAUGCCCACCAUCACGAGUGACUACAUCUCUUUGGAUGUCAAUGCUGUUCUCUUCCUGCUGGGCAAGCCCAUCGUCCUUCCCAAGGACACCUCCCCCUUCGUGUUGCCACCACACGUGGGCACCCAGGACGCCAUGGCCACUGUGGGCCUCUCCCAGCACCUGUUUGACUCAGCCUUCCUGCUGCUGCAGAAGGCCGGCAGCCUCAACCUGGACAUCACAGGGCAGCUGAAUUCGGAUGACAACCUGCUGAACACCUCCGUGCUGGGCCAGCUCAUCCCUGAGGUGGCCCGCCAGUUCCCCGAGCCCAUGCCCCUGGUGCUCAAGGUGAGGCUGGGUGCCACGCCUGUGGCCACGCUCCAUACCAACAACGCAACACUGCAGCUGCAGCCCUUCGUGGAGGUCCUGGUUGCAGCCUCCAACUCGGCUUUCGACUCCCUCUUCUCCCUGGAUGUGGUAGUGAACCUGAGCCUCCAGCUCUCCGUGUCCAAGGCAAAGCUCCAGGGGACCACGUCUGUGCUGGGGGAUGUCCAACUCACCGUGGCCUCCUCCAAUGUGGGCUCUAUUGAUACAGAUCAAGUGUACGCGCUCAUGGGCACUGUGUUUGAGAAGCCCCUGCUGGACCACCUCAAUGCUCUCUUGGGCAUGGGAAUUGCCCUCCCCAGUGUGGUCAACCUCCUUUACGUCAACCCUGAGGUCUUUGUCUAUGAGGGCUACGUUGUGAUAUCCAGUGGACUCUUCUACCCUACCAGCACUGAGACAGCACCACUGGAAAAGCUGAGGGUGGAACAGCUGGCUGCUCAGGGGACUCUCUUACCUCAAAUCUCUAGGGAAACUGAGGCAAAGCCACACUAAUUUGUCACUAGCGAGCCAGACUGCCCAGCUGGGCUGUUUAAUCUUCACUGAGUUCCUGGGUCCCCCUCCCUUUCUUUCUCCCCAUCCCUUCCACCUCCUCUCCCCCCCCCUGCCCUCACCUCCCCUUCCUCUCUCUGCCCCUUCCUGGUGGGGAGCAGACUGUUCCUCCAGGCUGUACAGACCUGUCCCCUCUUGCAUUAAACAACUUCUCUUCUGCUGCAUCUU